AUCAAACUACAGUCUGUGUGACAAAACGCAUCGAAGAAAGUGGAGAACAAGUCGUACUUUUUAUUUUAUUUUUCUUUGGAAACAAAAUCAUUAAAUAUAAAAUCGAGUUUUCUUUCUCUUUCUCUUUCUCUGGGGUCAGCUUUUUCUUCUUUUCGUUGUUGCGCCGCGAGGAAAGGGAGAAGCAGAAACCCUAGAAAACCAUUCCAACUACGAUUUGAGGAACUUUGACCUACCCGUCUUUCACGAAUACCCCAGAUCCCCAAAUCUCCACAUCUCUUGGCUCUGAGAGUUUUACGAAAUGUCGUCUCUGAGCAGAGAGUUAGUUUUCUUAAUCCUUCAGUUCUUAGAUGAAGAGAAGUUCAAGGAAUCUGUUCACAAGCUAGAGCAGGAAUCUGGGUUCUUCUUCAACAUCAAGUACUUCGAAGAGAAAGCUCUCGCUGGAGAGUGGGACGAAGUGGAGAAGUAUCUUUCAGGCUUCACCAAAGUUGAUGAUAAUCGCUACUCCAUGAAAAUUUUCUUCGAGAUCAGGAAGCAAAAGUAUCUGGAAGCUCUAGAUCGAAAUGACAGAGCAAAAGCUGUUGAAAUAUUAGCCAAAGACUUGAAAGUUUUUGCGACGUUUAACGAGGAACUUUACAAGGAAAUCACUCAGCUUCUCACUCUGGAGAAUUUCAGGGAAAAUGAGCAAUUGUCGAAAUACGGUGAUACAAAAUCAGCCAGGACAAUAAUGUACACUGAGUUGAAGAAACUGAUUGAGGCAAAUCCUCUGUUUCGAGAGAAGCUGGCCUUCCCUAGUUUCAAAGCUUCCCGCCUGAGAACUUUGAUCAAUCAAAGCUUGAAUUGGCAGCACCAGCUAUGUAAAAACCCGAGGCCUAACCCUGACAUCAAAACUCUGUUCUUGGAUCACUCUUGCUCAGCAGCAAACGGUGCUCGUGCGCUCACUCCAGUUAAUCUUCCCGUUGCCGCUGUCGCAAGACCUUCAAACUUUGUUCCUCUUGGAGUUCAUGGUGGACCUUUUCAACCUAAUACUGCUCCGGCUCCUAAUCCCAAUGCUUUAGCUGGAUGGAUGGCAAACCCAAACCCUUCUUCUUCAGUUCCAUCUGGCGUCGUCGCUGCUUCCCCUUUUCCUAUGCAGCCAAAUCAAGUUAAUGUGCUGAAACAUCCUCGGGUGCCAUCAAACUCUUUAGGGUUGAUGGAUUAUCAAAACGCUGAUCACGAGCAACUCAUGAAACGUUUACGGUCUGCGCAAACCGCUAACGAGGUCACAUAUCCUGCUCAUGCUCAUCCCUCUGCGUCACUCGAUGACCUCCCUAGAAAUGUUGUGAGUUCAAUGCGCCAAGGGUCGGUUGUGAUAAGCAUGGAUUUUCACCCUGCUCACCACACAUUACUCGCUGUUGGUUGUUCAAGCGGCGAAGUCACCUUGUGGGAAGUUGGAUCCAGAGAGAAGGUUGUCACAGAGCCUUUCAAGAUAUGGAAUAUAGCGGCUUGCUCUGUGAUCUUCCAGGGCUCUAUUGUCAAAGAAUCAUCGAUAUCCGUCACUCGCGUAGCAUGGAGCCCAGAUGGAAAUUUGAUUGGUGUUUCUUUUACUAAACAUCUGAUCCAUAUUGAUGCGCAUGUUGGCUGUGUGAAUGACUUGGCGUUCGCCCACCCAAACAAGCAAAUCUGUGUUGUGACUUGUGGGGACGACAAAUUGAUUAAGGUGUGGGAUUUGAGUGGGAAGAAGCUUUACACCUUUGAAGGCCACGAGGCACCGGUUUAUUCCAUUUGCCCUCACCAGAAGGAAAAUAUUCAGUUCAUAUUCUCAACUGCUCUCGAUGGUAAGAUCAAGGCUUGGCUCUAUGAUAAUGUUGGUUCUCGGGUUGAUUACGACGCACCUGGACAGUGGUGUACAACGAUGCUAUACAGUGCCGAUGGAAGCAGAUUAUUUUCUUGUGGGACGAGUAAAGAGGGAGACUCUUACCUUGUCGAGUGGAAUGAGAGCGAAGGUGCCCUGAAGAGGACAUAUCUAGGCUUCAGGAAGAAAUCUGCUGGGGUUGUUCAGUUUGAUACCACUCGUAACCGUUUCUUGGCCGUUGGUGAAGACAGUCAAAUAAAAUUUUGGGACAUGGACAAUACUAAUCUGUUGACAACUGUUGAAGCUGAAGGAGGACUUCCGAGUAUUCCCCGUUUGAGGUUCAACAAGGAAGGGAAUCUUCUUGCAGUUACUACAGCAGAUAACGGAUUCAAGAUCCUUGCUAACACCGAUGGUCUUAGAACCUUAAGAGCAUAUGAAGCUCGGUCUUUUGAAGCAUCUAAAGCAUCCAUUGAGAUGAAGGUAUCCACCUCCGCAAUGGCUUCAAGCAUCAGUCCAGCUAUUGGUAAAAUCGAACACAUGGAUACAGGCUCUCCUUCAAGGCCAACACCAAUUCCUAAUGGAAUUGAGGCAAUGUCAAGAACUAUGGAAAAGCCAAGAAACAUGGACUCUGUUGAUAAGUCUAAACCUUUGGAACUCACAGAAAUUGUUGAUCCCACUCAGUGCCGACAAGUGACAAUGCCGGAUAGCAAGGAUUCUGUUAGCAAGGUUGCUCGGCUUCUUUACACAAAUUCGGGCGUCGGCGUUUUGGCUCUCGGGGCAAAUGGUGUCCAAAGACUAUGGAAGUGGAUGCGCAAUGAGCAAAAUCCAACUGGGAAGGCAACCGCUAGUGUAACUCCACAGCAUUGGCAGCCUAACAGUGGUCUCCUAAUGGCAAAUGAUGUUCCCGAGAAUCCUGAAGCAGCUGUGCCGUGUAUAGCGCUUUCUAAGAAUGACUCAUACGUAAUGUCUGCUUGUGGUGGAAAGGUUUCAUUGUUCAAUAUGAUGACUUUUAAAGUAAUGACGACAUUCAUGCCGCCACCACCAGCUUCAACGUUCUUGGCGUUUCAUCCGCAAGACAAUAACAUAAUUGCAAUCGGGAUGGAGGACUCGAGUAUCCAUAUUUACAACGUCAGGGUAGAUGAGGUGAAAACAAAGUUGAAAGGUCACCAGAAGCACAUAACCGGUCUAGCAUUCUCUACCGCACUCAAUGUUCUUGUCUCUUCUGGUGCCGAUGCUCAGCUCUUCUUCUGGACCGCCGAUUCAUGGGAAAAGAAGAAAUCGUCAGCGAUUCAACUACCACCUGGAAAAGCACCAGUAGGAGACACGCGAGUCCAGUUCCACAACGACCAAGUCCAUUUAUUGGUCUCACAUGAGACACAGCUCGCCAUUUACGAUGCUUCAAAGAUGGAAUGUAUACACAAGUGGGUGCCACAAGAAGCUCUCUCUGCGCCUAUAACCUCUGCGUCUUACUCAUGCAACAGCCAACUUGUUUACGCAUCAUUCGCUGAUGGAAACAUUGCAGUCUUUGAUGCUGAAACCUUGAGGCUCAGAUGUCGCAUUGCUCCAUCUGCUUACAUGCCUCAACCAACACCCAACAGUGCACCGAUCAUUCCACAGGUGAUCACAGCUCAUCCACAAGAGCCAAACCAAUUAGCCGUUGGACUCUCGGAUGGUUCAGUUAAAGUGAUCGAGCCAUCGGAAGCUUCGAGAAGAUGGGGCGUUGGCAUCGCAGUUGCUGCGGAUAAAGCAGGGGCCGAGAAUGGACGGCCAUCGAGUGCGUCGGCAGCUAAUAACUCAAGUUCGGAUCAGAUUCAAAGGUGAGAAAUAGUUGCUGUCAGUUAAGUUAGUUGACAGUUUUUAUUUUGGAUUGUAAAGUUUGUGAUAGCUUUGUGCUACUUUUUUUUUGUAAAUGGGAUUCUUGAAUCAGUAGGCGUAAUGACAGGUUAUUGUUUUUUAAAAAUCUCUCGGCGUUACAACAGCUGUAGCUUUUUAAUUUAUGGAUUUGUCAAAAAUCUGAGAGAAACAUUUAUUAUUAGUGGCAUUGUCCCAAAUCUUAAUGUCUUAAAUUUAUAUUAGUAUUUUCGAAAAACUAAAAAAGUAGCAUUUUAUCGUUA